UUUUUGUGGAGGCUGGAGUCCUACCAUCAAGUUGGUUUAGGUCUGUCAAGCAUUUGGCAUUACAUCAGAACUGAAAUGACAGCAGAGCUUUCAGGAACCAUUCUUCUCAUUUCAUUCAGGUAUUCCGCAGGUGAAGACUGAAACUAAAGACAAACUGAAAAUGGCAGAUAGACUUUCUGAUAUGAGGAUUGUGCUGUUGGGCAACACUGGAUCAGGAAAAAGUGCAUCAGGAAACACCAUCCUGAAUGAAGACCUUUUUGACGUGAAACACUCUCCAGGAUCAGUUACAUUGAACUGUAACAAACAAGAAGCGAAUGUGAAUGGAUGCACCAUAUCAGUUAUUGACUGUCCAGGUCUGUUUGACACUCGAGAUCAGAGUAAAGAAAUACUGCAGAGUGUAACAGCGCAGUGCUUGAACCUGUCUUAUCCUGGGCCUCAUGCAUUUCUGUUGGUGAUGAAACUGGGUGUGAAAUUCACAGAAGUGGAGAAGAACGUUAUGAAAUGGAUUCAGCAGAACUUUGGAGAAGAUGCCAUAAAUUACACCAUCAUUCUGUUCACUCAUGUUGAUGUGCUGAAGGGCAAGCCUGUAGAGACAUAUAUCAGUAAAAGCAAUGAGCUAAAGCAAUUGAUCAAGACCUGUUGGGGCAGAUAUCACUCAUUCAACAAUGAGAACAUAAAUAAUCGAGAUCAGGUCACAGAACUGCUGCAAAUGAUACACAAAAUGGUCCUUUUUAAUGGAGGGAAGCACUAUGCUUUUCAGAUGUAUGAAUAAACCUAGGAAAAGCUAAAAGCUCAAAGACAUUGAACAAAUGUACAGUUGUACAAAUGUACCAGGAAGCAUUGUAUCAGUUGUGGGAGGUUUUGUGACCGUAAAACUAUCCUCCUGUAGUUUAGAUAAACAGACAGAAUUUGGUUGAAUUAUUUUAGAUUUGCUGCCUAUACUACAUCAUAUAGCACAUAAUAUACAGUGCAUAUUCAUUUUGUUUAUAAAAAUGCUUUCAAAUAAUACCGAUAUUUUAGUAGCUUUGUUGUCCUUUAUUUUUCUUCUUACAUUCAAACAUGUCUUGUUUGAAAUAAAUUCAAUAUGGGAAAAAGAGUCAAAGAUAAUUAUUCAGUCACAAGACUUAUAUUAAGUAACAGCAAAUUUAUGACGAAGGUAGUCCCUUAUUAGGCCAUCUAUAAUUACUGGAUCAGAAUAGUCUCAUUAACAACUACUUACUAACUUUGACCUAUUUUAAAGAAAAACCAAUCAAUUAUUAACCACAAUAUUAUCAUGUAUUUGAUUAAAUAAGGUAUUAAAUAAUGACGUAUGUUAACCCUUCAUUGAUUACUCAAGCGUUACCUUGUGACUGUGCAGAACUACUAGUGAUCAAGACGAUUAUUUUAAAGUGAAAAACAUGUUAGCCUGUCUUUAAUUACUCGGGCAUUACCUUAUCAAUGUGCAGGAAUUAACUGCUAUUUUUAGGGCUGUCAAUAGAUAAUUUAUUCCCUCACUUUAUUUUUGUUUAUUGCACAAAAACAGGUUACACCAUACAAUUACAGGUACAGAUUGACUGAUAAUAUGUAUACUUUAUGUACUUAUAACUCUUAAUUUGUGAAUGAAUUCCCUCUCUCUCAUUAAUAAACAGGUCCAUGCAACAAAUAGAAACAGAACGAUGUUAACUUAAGUAAAAAGGAAAGCAGAAUUAUACAAUAAAGGAUCUACUGUAUGAAGUAAAUUACGUAUAAAACAUUUUGAAUGAUGAAACAUGAGGACAAUAAACACUUG